AUGAUGGAUUUAUUGAAGAUUUAUUUAAAAGUAGAUUCACUCCCAUUUAUUAAAUUAAAGAUUCUCACGGAUCCAAUAUCAAAUAUUUUGGAGACUCAUAUAAUUAAACAGGUUGCCUUUGUUGAAUUGGAGUCUGCGGAAGAUAUGUCAAAAGCAUUGAAGUGGCAUGAUUUAUAUUAUAAAGCUAAUCGAAGAGUAAUUGUUGAAAUUGCGGAUUUCAAUGAUUUUCAACAUUGUAUUCAAUUUAAUCAAGAACAUCAUGAUGAAAUUCUUCGCAUUCAAAAAGAUUUCAUUGCUCAAAAACAACAACAACGACAACCUAGACAUAUGGCAUUGUUGGAUGAAUUUGAAAGAAGUCAACAAAAUAAUCAUCAUCAGCAGCAUCAUAAUUAUCAACAAGAUCAUGGAUAUCAUCAUCCAGCUUCCCAUAGAAUGGGAUCAAAAUCUUAUAGUCUUCCGGUUAAUGAAUCAUCUCAUAUCAGAAGACUUUCGUUUGAAGCUCAAUUACACCCGCACCAACAAUCACACGAACAACGUAUUAAGGAUCCAGGAUUUGAUCAUGGAUUAAAUUCCCAUCAACGUGUUGCACCAUCCACAUCACAAUAUCCUACUCAUGGGCAACCUCGAAGAACACUGUUCCCAGCAUUGGAAAAACCACAACUUUCAAGUCCAACACCAGCAGCAGUGCCACUGUCACAGCCAGCACAAGUGCAAACACAAGCACCACCGGCUAAACCUAAGCCAAAUCCAUUUGGGGCUGCAAAACCAGUGGAUACUUUAUCCAAACAAGAAGAAAUUGAGAAGAGAUUGAUCAACUUGAAUAAAACGACCGUUCAAACUUUGGGUGACAAAGAAGAUGUUGAUAUUGAAACAACGAUCAAAAAAUUUCAUGAGAGCGGGUCUCCCACCAUAAGAAGAACUUCGUUCGGUUCCAGAAGAUCAUCAACAGAAAAGAGACCAUCUGUUUCAAUUUUGAGAAAAGACUCAAUUGAUCAACAGCAACAACAACCAGUGUAUCAACAGAAGGUGCAACCAGUUCAUCCACAACCUCAAAAACCACAGCCACAACAACCUUCGGGCCAAUCACCACUGUUGGUUCCAGCUUCUGUAUCCCCAAGUUCAUAUCCAAGUAAUGGAACAGGUAAAUCUUUGGCACAAUUAUUGAGUGAACAAUCAGAUAUGAUGUCUGGCUCUCCAACGGGAGGUAAAAGGACACCAAGAAACAAUAGCAAUGGGAAACCCACACCAGUAGCUAAACCAAUUAUAUUAAAGAAAAAGACACCAUCGUCACCACCAACACAACAAAUUGAUUUAACUGUUAAAGAAGGAGAAUAUUUGAAACAAGAAGAAGAAAAAGAAAAAGUAAAAGAAGAAACACGUGAAGUUGAAGGUAUUGAAACUAGAUUAGAGAAAUUGGACAUUCAAGAUCAAGUGAUCAAUGGAAAGAAUGAAGUGAUUGCAAGAUCAGAUGCUAUUCCGGAACCAGAAGAACUUCCAGAUGAUAGACCAAACUUUAAGAAUUUAGAUCAAUUGGUUCAAAAAAGAAAUAAUAGUAGAAAUUCAUCCUCAUCAUCAGGAAGUAGAACGCAUGCAAAAGGAUUUGAUAAUAAUGACACUGAACAACAACAACACUAUUUUAGAAAAUCAUAUAAUCAAGAUGAUGGUGAAGAAGAACACGAUCCAUCUACCACUACUUCAUCAUAUAGAGGUCGUGGAAGAGGAAGAGGUAGAGGUCGUGGUGGAAGAGGAGGUAGAGGUGGAUAUUAUCGUGGAGCAUCAUCAAGAGGAGGAUAUUAUCGUGGAGGUAGAGGUGGUUCUGGUUCUGGUGCAGGUAAUUUCAAUCUUCAUUAUGUAAGAUCAAAACAACCAUCUGAAGAAAAUACAGCAUAA